AUAGCGUAAAGAGUGAGUAACAGGUUAACGUUAUAAUCUUUUGCAUCCAAAAACUAAGAAUGCCCAGAAAGUACGUUAGGGUCACUGAGAGAACUAGAUGGGAUGAGAAUGAUAUGAAAAGAGCAUUAAAGGCGGUAAAUGACCGUAAAUUAGGCGUUCGCAAAGCAGCGAAGCAGUUCAACGUGCCUUAUUCCACCUUAUGGGACAAAUUAAAACAAGGAUCUUCUACAGCUAGGAUGGGACGUCGUACGGUUUUUACUAUGGAGGUUGAAUUACAAAUCGCCGAUCACGUUAAAAUGUUGGCAAGUAUGUUUUAUGGUUUAACUAAAUUAGAGCUAAGACGCGCAUGUUACGAAUUUGCCGAAAUCAACCAAAUCAAACAUCCUUUCAACAAAGAAAGGAAACUGGCUGGAAAUGAUUGGUAUUAUGGCUUCAUACGUCGACACAGUGGCAUAUCUUUGCGAAAACCGGAACCAACAUCUUUGAAUAGAAUAAACGCUUUCAAUAAAAUUGAUGUUCAGAAAUUUUUUGAGAACCUAAAAAUAGUUUACGAAAAACAUAAAUUUCCGCCAGAGAAAAUAUUCAAUGUCGAUGAGACCGGCAUCACAAAUGUUCACGUGCCUCAAAAAGUUCUAGCCGCAAAGAAAAUGAGAAGGUUGGGGGCCAUUACAAGUGGAGAAAGGGGCAAAAACAUUACGGUGGUGUGUACCAUGAGUGCAUCCGGAGGAUACGUUCCCCCGUUAUUCAUAUACCCAAGGCAACGGCUGCCACCACAUUUAUGCAAAGAUGGACCCCCUGGGUCGAUUUACAGGUGCUCAAAGUCUGGGUGGAUGACGGAAGAUUUAUUUUACGACUGGUUGGUUCAUUUCUCAAAACAUUCCCAUCCUUCUGUAGACAGCCCGGUGCUGAUCAUCAUGGAUAACCAUACGACGCACACAACAUUGAAGGCUUUUGAAUUCUGUAAGGAAAAUGGGAUCGUUGUUGUGUCCAUUCCUCCACAUACUUCCCAUCGGCUCCAGCCGUUGGAUGUCACAUUCUACGGCCCACUAAAGACCGCAUACAAUCAAGAGUGUGGCUCGUUUUUGAAAGUGAAUUCAUAUGAGAAAAUUUUACAAGAAAAUGUAGCGUCAUUAUUUACAAAAGCCUACAACCGUGUGGCGACAAUUGAGAAGGCAGUGAAAGGUUUUCUCUCAACUGGAAUAUUUCCUUUUAAUGAAAAUAUAUUUCCUGAGGAGGAAUACACCUUGUCCCAAGAUCAAGAUCAACUCCAGGAUCCUCCUAUAGGUGAUGAUGAGCAUCAAUUUAGAUCAGCUACACCCGAGAAUGUAAUUCAUGAUGGGCCUUCUACUUCAGGAUUACCACAAAAACCUCCCGCUUUAAAAUAUAAAAAACGACGCAGUUCUUCCGAUUCUGACAGCAGCGCCAUCUUAGAGGAAAAGUCGGAUGAUGAAGAUUUUACUACUGACAAGACUAUAGUUUGGCCUAUAUCUAAAAUUAGUCCUGUUCCAUUAAAAAAACCAUGUUUAAGGGCAAAAGCAGUCCAAAAAAAGAACUCCAUUAUAUUUACCGCCACCCCUAAUAAGGUAGAGUUAGAAGAACGCGAAAGAAGACGUAAGAAUAAGGAAGAGGUCGACAAGAGAAAAACGGUCAAAGUACGUCUAGAAGCAAGGUCAAAAACCUCCACAGAGACCAAAAGUAAGACUAAAUCCAAAACUGUCAUUUACACGGAAUGUAACAUACAAGACAACUCGUGUAUGUUUUGCAGUGAAUUUGGAAAAGAUGGUGAAUUGUGGUAUGCUUGCACCAGUUGUGGAGAAUGGGCGCAUAUGCAGAAUGCACCGAUGUAGAGAAGCCAGAGGGUUAUACUUGCGACAAAUGUCGCUAAAACUAGUGAUCGGUAUUACCCUACACUAUGAUCGGCAUUCCCCAAUCGCGUGGGGUAAUGCCGGAUU